CACAAGAGCACAACAAUCGUUAUCAGUGAUCAAUCGUCGACCGACAUUGUCCUUGUGCGAACGUCCGAUAUACCCACUUUCCGCCGUCCGGAACAGUUUCGUUCUUUUGGCUCUCGACUUCCGGCACUUCCACCCGAAACACGAAACAUGGUGAGUACAACAAUUUCCGAAAAUUUUAAAAUAAACAUAUGCCCAACCGAGUAUCUGCAUAGGUACCUACCUCGUAAUAUGCUACAUCGGCGUUGUUGAAUGUUAUUCUCUCAUUAUCUGCCCUGCAAAGGUCUGUAAAGGCCCAACGGGAAUACUUACACAGUUACGUACACCUUAAUCAGUUAUCUACGCUAUUGGAUUUUCAAUUUUCCAGUGCCCCGGCACAUAGAUUUCUCUUUUUUCAUAUUUUCAAGGAUUUUACUAGAUCUAUAAUUUUUGUACAUUGCAAUCUUAGGUAUGCGUUUAUAAUAUUGCACAGCUAUAUUUAAGACCAAGGGGCAAAAGGUUUAUAAAACCAACCAGUUUAUUGUAUUAAAAUUGGUAGGUAUCUAUUUAUUUGAUACGAUUUUCAUUGUCUUGUUUCGAUUAUUUGUGUAAGCCACCUGGUCACAUGAUUCUAAAUGUCAAUGUUAUUAAACUAUAUUGAUUAUUGUAUUCCUGCGGUAAUUGACUGCACAAAAUACUUCUAUGUCAAAUAUUUUGAUGGUUCUUGGUAAUUUCUAAUAUUAUAUACCUUAUACCCUAAACACUAUACAAUAAAUUAUUGCACCACCAAUUAAAUGUUUUGUUUUUUGUAGUCUUUCGAAGACGCGGUUAAUAAAGUUAAAAACUUGAAAGAGACUCCAAGUGACAAUGAACUAUUGGAGCUCUACGCGUUAUACAAACAAGCAACUGUUGGUGAUGUUAAUACAGGUAAAAUGUCAUUACUGUUAGUGUAAAUAUUAUUAUAACGUAAUAGUAUUUACAUUGUAUACUAUUGUAACUGUUGACAUUUAUUAUUUGUAUAGCCAAACCAGGAUUUUUAGACUUCAAAGGAAAGGCUAAAUGGGAAGCAUGGAAUGGUAAGAAAGGUGUGACUAAUGACGAAGCUAAAAUCAAGUAUGCCGAAUCUGUAGACAAGUUGGUUGAAAAAAUCGGGCUUAAAGCUUAGGACAAAUGGCUGUGUAUACAAACUGUGCACUGUGCAAACAUUUAUUACCUACUUACUUUUAAGUUUACUGAAUUGAAUUUAAAAUAAAAUUAAUAAUAAUGUACACAUAGAGAUGAUACAUAAAUUAAAAAAAUAAGUAUUAAUUAUAAUGUUAAAACUCUGUUAAUUCACAUCACAAAUAAGCAAUAUUAUAGUUACUUUAUCAAAAUGUAUAGAACAAUAUAAUAUAAUUCAUUUAAGACAUCAAAUAUUAUUAAAUUGCCUACCUAUUUACAUAUUGCUGUAAAUAAAAUAAAAAAAAUAAUUUGGUCGUUCUAAAUGGUUUAUAAUAUAUUAGAUAUAUACAUUGUUUUCUUUAUUGUUGUCAUAUUAUUGUGUUUACAUAACUUAUUUUUAAAGAAAAUUGUGCCUUAAAUUGAAAUAUUAGUCAUUUUUAUGAAUCAUGUGAUAUUAUAAUAUUUACUUUUUUGUCUAUUUGCAAAUAAAUUAUUUUUUAUCUCGCAAUCAAAAUAUGAUUUUUCAACAGGAAAUGAAAUGUUCAGUCAUUUGUAUCAUAUAAUUAGUGCUAGUUAUUAUAAUUAAUAGUAAUAAUAAUUUUUGUUUUUAUUUUAUAAUUUUAAUUUUAACUA